AUGUGCAUGGACGAAGCAUCCAAGGGGUCACCCCACGCGCACUUUUUCCUGCAAGACGCUGCCUGCGCCUCUCUGCGCACAUUCUUCGGUCUCCAGCCGCUAGUGCCUCCACUCAUGCUGGUGCCUGUGAGUGCUCGAAACGUGGCAGACGCCAGUGACAGGCAGGGGGGAGGAGGAGGGGCAGGAGGGGGAGCAGGAGCAGGAGGAGGGAGAAACGGAGAUGAGAGCUCGUCCCCCCUGCAUGGGUUCUCCAGCUCUCCCCUCUCGCCGUACGGCCACUCGUCGGCUCGGAAGAAGAACCGCAGCAUUGGCACGCUCAAGCUGCAAGUGCGCAAGGUGCGCAUGACAAGCAAGGGGGAUGAGGGGAGAGGGGGGGACGGGGGACAGGGGGAAGGCGAGAACCAGGGGAGCGCGGGGGGGGCAGCAGGGGGGACAGGCGGAACAGGGGGAGCAGGGGGAGCAGUGAGCAGCAUGAUGCGGCAGAUCAAAGGAGGCAUGGCGAAUCUGAGAGGGCUGGCUGCUGAAGCCACCACUGCUGCUCCAGAGGGAGUGUUGGUGGCCGUGCGAUGCCCAUCAGAGGAGGCGGGUGAAGCACGGAGGGUCAACCCCAACACCCACCACUGCAUCAACCUACCCGUGCAGUGGAGAGCAAUCGACAAGAAGUGGUGGUGGAGGAUGACUGCAAUGGGUGCUGCAGGGGGGCAGGCCACUUGCGCCUUCUCCCCACCCUUCUUCUCCCCACCCUUCUUCUCCCCACCCUUCUUCUCCCCACCCUUCUUCUCCCCACCCUUCUUCUCCCCACCCUUAUUCUCCCCACCCUUCUUCUUUCUCUCGCCCCUAUUCCUCUCUCACCUGCAGACCCAUGGAGAGCAAUCGACAACAAGUGGCGGUGGAGGUGCAUGGCCGCAGUGGGUUAAGUGGGCAGCCAACAGUGGAGUGGAGGUGCAUUUGCCCCACCUUUACCUCACUCCAUCCCUGCCCUCUCUUUCCUCUCUCCCCACUCUCCCCUCUCUGCCCUCUCUUCCAUUCAGACCAGUGGAGAGCGAUCGACAGGAGGAGAUUGCGAUCAACCCUCCCCAACCUGUGGAGAGCGAUAGACAGGAGGUGGUGGUGGAGGUGCAUGAUCGGAGUGGGUUAAGGGGACAGGCAACAGUGGCUGCCGCUGUGCCAUUGCUUCCAUCUCAUCCCUCGCUUCCCUCUCUGCCUUCUCUCGCCCCACUUCCAAUCAGACCUGUGGAGAGCGAGAGACAAGAGGUGGUGGUGGAGGUGCAUGAUCGCAGCGGGUCGAGAGGACAGGCGUCAGUGGCUGCUUCUACGCUCAUGGACGAAGGGCACCCGGGUGCCCACGUGUCACUGUCGCAGCGCUGCCAUUGGCUGGCAGUGAGGGACACGUGUCAGCAGGAGGUGGCUCGCGUGCAGCUCGCCGUGUCUCUCGUGCCCUGUGCCAGGGACUAUGGCACGCAGUGUCAGCCAAUCACGGAGUCAGCAGCAUACGACUGGGUGCUCGCAGCAGCCAUGGCAGCUCAGGGCUUCCACGCGCGCAACCUCCGCCUCUCCGGCCCCUGGGAGUGGCUCUGCGACCAGUUCGCUACCUGCUAUGGCGUCUCUCCUCAUUACACCAAGCUCAGGUACCUCACGCGAGUGAUGGACGUGGCAACACCAACAGCCGACUGCCUGACUCUGAUUCACCAGCUGCUGGCACCGGUGCUGCAUGCACACGACAGUGACGGCAGCAGUGUGACUAAACAGGAGGCGCGCAUGCUAGCAGAUAUGGAAGAGCGGGUGGGAGGCCUCCUCCAACUCACCUUCGAGAGCUACAAAUCGCUCAGCGAGGCUUCCCCCUCCGCUUCACCCAUUGCCCACUUCCCCCCACCACCCCCCACCUCUCUGCAGCCCUCUGUUCUCAUCCCACCCCAGGCACGCAUGCUAGCAGAUAUGGAAGAGAGAGUGGGAGGCCUCCUCCAACGCACCUUCGAGAGCUACAAGUCGCUCAGCGAGGCUUCCCCUUCAGGCAUCGCCAACUCCUCUGCACCGCUACCCACAUCUCUGCACCCCUCUGCGCGCAUGCUAGCAGACAUGGAGGAGAGAGUAGGAGACCUCCUGCAACUCACCUUCGAGAGCUACAAGUCGCUCAGCGCGCAUGCUAGCAGACAUGGAGGAGAGAGUAGGAGACCUCCUGCAACUCACCUUCGAGAGCUACAAGUCGCUCAGCGAGGCUUCCCCUUCAGGCAUCGCCAACUCCUCUGCACCGCUACCCACAUCUCUGCACCCCUCUGUUCUCCCCCACCCCAGGCGCGCAUGCUAGCAGACAUGGAGGAGAGAGUAGGAGACCUCCUGCAACUCACCUUCGAGAGCUACAAGUCGCUCAGCGAGGCUUCCCCUUCAGGCAUCGCCGACUCUUCCCGUUCCGCCACCCACCUGUGUGCCUCCCUGGGGCGAUCACUGGUGGGGGCAGAGGCGGCAGCGCUGGUGGCGCCGGCGAUCCCCCCUGCAGUGCACCUGUUUGGGCUGCUGAACGACCUGUUGCUGCCAGAGGUGCAGCAGCAGUUCUGCGGUUACCUGCAGGUGAGCCUGGGGUAUUACUGGGAGCAGGGGUGUAAGGGCUGGGGAAGGGAAGGGCACUGGGGAGAUCGCUGGUGGGGGCAGAGGCGGCCGCAUGAAAGAAGGAGUGUUUUGAGACGUCUCAAAACACUCCUUCUUUCACGUGGUAUUACUGGGAGCAGGGGUGUAAGGGCUGGGGAAGGGAAGGGCACUGGGGAGAUCGCUGGUGGGGGCAGAGGCGGCCGCACUGGUGACGCCGGCGAUUCCCCCUGCGGUGUACCUGUUUGGGCUGCUGAACGACUUGCUGCUGCCAGAGGUGCAGCAGCAGUUCUGCGGUUACCUGCGGGUGAGACUGGGGUGGGGGUGUUGGCAGAUAAGGGGAGGACACUUGAGAGGCGCAGUGGCAGCAGCAGUGCUGCCAGAAGUGCAGCAGCAGUGCUGCCAGAAGUGCAGCAGCAGUGCUGCCAGAAGUGCAGCAGCAGUGCUGCCAGAAGUGCAGCAGCAGUGCUGCCAGAAGUGCAGCAGCAGUGCUGCCAGAAGUGCAGCAGCAGUGCUGCCAGAAGUGCAGCAGCAGUGCUGCCAGAAGUGCAGCAGCAGUGCUGCCAGAAGUGCAGCAGCAGUGCUGCCAGAAGUGCAGCAGCAGUGCUGCCAGAAGUGCAGCAGCAGUGCUGCCAGAAGUGCAGCAGCAGUGCUGCCAGAAGUGCAGCAGCAGUGCUGCCAGAAGUGCAGCAGCAGUGCUGCCAGAAGUGCAGCAGCAGUGCUGCCAGAAGUGCAGCAGCAGUGCUGCCAGAAGUGCAGCAGCAGUGCUGCCAGAAGUGCAGCAGCAGUGCUGCCAGAAGUGCAGCAGCAGUGCUGCCAGAAGUGCAACAGCAGUGCUGCCAGAAGUGCAGCAGCAGUGCUGCCAGAAGUGCAGCAGCAGUGCUGCCAGAAGUGCAGCAGCAGUGCUGCCAGAAGUGCAGCAGCAGUGCUGCCAGAAGUGCAGCAGCAGUGCUGCGGUUACCUGCAGGUGAGAGGGGGGAGGGGGGGGUAUUGGCAGAUCAUGUGGGAAAGGUCACUAAUGGCGCCGGCUAUUCCCCCUGCUGCGCACCUACAGCAGCGAGGCGGCGGUGCCGGCAGCACCUGUCAGAAACCGACGAGUAUGUCAACGGCACGUUCUGCGUGCUUGUCUUGCGUUCUCACCUUCCCCAUUCUCCACUCCCUUCCCACACAGACAGCAGCGAGGCGGCGGUGCCGGCAACACUCACAGCAGCGCGGCGGCGGUGCAGGCAGCACCUGUCAGAGACCGACGAAUACGUCAACGGCACGUUCUGCCUUGGCACUGGGGGCAGCACCAUGCAGGCACAGGCGCAGGGGCAGGCGGGCAUGGGGUGCAGUCCGGGGGGAGGCAGGGGGAGAGGGGGAGGGGGCCCGGGGGGAAUGGGGGCAGGGGGAAUGGGGAGGGGGGCAAUGCGGGGAGGGGAAGGGGGGGAUAUGGAGGAGCAGAGGGAGGCGUAUGGGAGCAUGCGACUGGCAUGUGUGGCCAUGUGGCGGGAGGUGCAGGCGGAUAUUGGCAUUCACAACCAACACAUCCUGCCCAGCUUCGUGGACUUACCCGAGUUGACAGCUGGCGUGUACAUGGUGGAGCUGCAGCGGCGAGUCAACCAGUUCCUGCUGGCAGUGCCACCUCAGCACCCGCUGCCACAUGUCAAGAACCUGCUGCACGCCACUGCUGACGUGGAGGACAGGCUCAUGCUGUGGGGCGUGGGCAAGGUGCCUGGGGGGCUAGACGCCAGGGAGCUGUUUGGAGUGUACGUGGAGGCAUGGAUCAGAGAGCGCACCCACACCCUCAUGGACGUCUGUCGAGCUCCCAAGUGGGCAGUCCUGGCGCCAAUGUCAGACCGCAAUGCCACGUCGCCUUUUAUGGAGGAGGUGUACAGUGUGAUCAACAGCCUGCUGGACGAACUGGAUUCGGUGCUGGGGCGAUGGCCGCAGUACACGCUUCUGGUGGAGGAGGCGGUGUGCGAUGUGGAGCGAGCAGCCAUUUCAUCCCUCGCCUCUCACUUUCAGAACUUCCUCCUCCUCCUCAACACCCCCUCCUCCUCCUCCGCCCCCUCUUCCACAAAAAAGAAGCUUCUUGGAAUGCUGUCCCGCCGUCGCCCCACACUCGCGUACCAAGUUCCCAUUGAGGUGAGCCCGUCACUUGCUGUUCCCAUUGAGGUGAGCCCGUCACUUGCUGUUCCCAUUGAGGUGAGCCCGUCACUUGCUGUUCCCAUUGAGGUGAGCCCGUCACUUGCUCUUCCCAUUGAGGCAAAUGGGUUUCCAACACCCAUCGUCCUCCCUGCCUUCCCCGCCCUGCCUCUCCCCGCCCUGCCUCUCCCCGCCCUGCCUCUCCCCGCCCUGCCUCUCCCCGCCCUGCCUCUCCCCGCCCUGCCUCUCCCUCCCUCCCUUCCGCUGCGUGCCUCUCCCUUCCCACCCCUCUCCCCCUUUCAGCUGGCCGUGUAUCUCAACAUGAUGCGUGGUGGAGAAACUAUACGAGAAUGUGAGUAUGGAGGGGGGGGGAGGGAGGUGUUAUUUGGGGAGGUGCUAUUCGGGGAGAUGCUGAGUGAGGUGACGGUGGAGCUAAGGACAACGUACAGGGCGACGCUGCAAGACGUGGUGGAGAAACUAUACGAGAAUACCCAGCUAGGCCUCACCACAUCGCAGAAGCGAGUGCCUCACCACAUCGCUGAAGCGAGUGCUCAAGAAGGCCCAUUCCUUAUGGAACCUCACAACACCCAGCUGGGUCGAACCACAUCGCUGACGCGAGUGCUCAAGGAGGUGCAUUCCUUUGAAAUGCGCCCUCUCUUUCCCUCCCCUUCCUCCCUUUCCCUCCUCCACCUCUCCCCUGCAGACCCAGCUGGGUCGAACCACGUCGUUGAAGCGAGUGCUCAAGGAGGUGACGACAUGAUCUCCAAGCUGCAGCCACUGUCCGCGCUCAUAGCCCAGGCUGAUGCAGUGCUGAGCAGCCGUGUGUUUGUGAGAACAGCAAGGGGCCUGUGGGACCGGCAUGGGAGGGAGGUGUUGAAGUUCCCAACCCUCUCCAUUCUCCCUUCCCCCACUCCCUUUUUCCCGUCCCACCAGGCUGACGCAGUGUUGAGCAGCCGUGUCUUCGUGGGAACAGCAAGGGGCCUGUGGGACCGGCAUGGGCGGGAGGUGCUGCACUUUCUGGAGAAGAGGAGGGAGGGGGUGUCGUGGUUUAAGAGCGCUUCUGCUGCUAUCACACUCGAUACGCUGGACAAUCUGUUCACCCAGCAAAUGCAGCGCCUGCAGGGCCACGCGCUCAUGGAGAGAGACUUGGAGCAUUCGCCUCCCCUGGCCUUUCCAAAUACGCACGCCUCCGCAUCCAAACAUACCUUCCCUUCAUGCCACCCUUCCCACUUUCCGUCCCCCCACCCACCCUCCCAUCAGACGCUGGACAAUCUGUUCACCCAGCAGAUGCAGCGCCUGCAGGGCCACUCACUCAUGGAGAGAGACUUGGAGCCGCCGCGAGCCAUCUGUGACGCCCGGGGGGUGCUGUCUAAGGGAGGUGCACCUGCCGCCACUGCUAGAGUGCAUGACUCCCUCUCCCUCUACUGA